GUUCUCCUGAAUAUGCUCUCAUGGACAACGCUCUCGAGUCUGUCACGCUGGAUGAGGACUUUGAGUACUACCUUGAAACAGCCUUUGAUGUACUACAUCAAAGGCUAUUUCAAGGAAUCGUUGGACAAAAAGUGGCCCAGAUGGGAGCUGGUUGUUGAUGGGCGUGAUUUUCUGAUCGGGAAGCCUCGCAUCAAGGCCGCAGCGGUCGUUGUCCGUGGGGCGCAUAGCUAUACUGCGUAUUGCUCCGAGGACAACGCAUUCUGCGGGCUCAAGAUGCGUGGCGUAUUUAGCUUCCUGGGAUCGGCAAAGAAGGUGACGUCCUCUUGGUUCUCCCGCCAUGCAGAUGUCGAAUUCGUGCCGACCCUACUCUGCCGUGGUGAUGUCGAGCAUGAAGGCGGAGUCCAGCGUACGGUCAGCCAGGACUAUCUGAAAUGGAAGCUUCCGAAGAAGAAGAAAGCAUUUGAAGAAACUACCUCCCAAGACAGCAAGGCCGGUGAGCCAUCGUUUAGUGAAGGCGACGAACCGCUCAGCCCUAGGCGGAGCAUUAUCCCAGAUAGGAGAAAGACACCAAGCGCAAGCGGCAUGGCCUUCUUAUCGCCUGGGAGUUUGCAAAGCGCCUCAAGGCCAUCCGGGAGGGUAACGCAGCACAGAAUAACGUGCCGCGGCAGGCAUAAUGAAUUGGAAUGUGGCAGUUCCAGUCAUCCUUAACAAACCAUGCUCCGUUGUCGAAAACUCGAGUCUUUCUUGUACAUCAUCGUUUAUAACGGCAUCCACUUCGCGGCGCAUAAUUGUCUAGAUGUACCGGCAAGCAAUUGACAGUCGAUCACACUCGAUAUUUAUCCUGCACAUUCGUUCGACUACAUUACACUGUGUUGUUCGAAGAUCUCUCCAUUCACAGCGUAUCACUCAUCCAUAAUGUAUCUUCUCGAUAUCCAUCCUAUCCUGCAAAUUG